AAUCUCUUCCAAAACAACUUGAAUAUGAUAGUUGCCUUGUUAUAAAUCGUCUUGGUGAAUUUUACCUUUGUAUAUCUGAGCCACUUAAAAUACGGACUGAGAACCAAGGUCCUUUAUUUUCAGAAAAUCAAGAAAAAGAAAAAAAUGAUAUUAGUCGGAUUUAUCAACUUUGUCAUAUAGAUGACAGACUUCAAAGUAAACAAGAUAAGAUUCAUGGAAAAGGAAAUAAACGUAAACGUUACAG